GUGGCUGUGAAAAUAAUCGACAAGACGCAGUUGAAUUCCUCCAGCUUACAGAAGCUCUUCCGGGAAGUGCGAAUAAUGAAGGUUCUGAAUCACCCGAAUAUAGUUAAAUUAUUUGAAGUCAUAGAGACGGAUAAGACGCUGUACCUCGUCAUGGAGUAUGCCAGCGGAGGUGAAGUCUUUGACUACUUAGUGGCUCAUGGAAGAAUGAAAGAGAAGGAAGCACGGGCAAAAUUCCGACAGAUCGUUUCUGCUGUGCAGUACUGUCACCAAAAAUUCAUUGUACAUAGAGACUUGAAGGCAGAAAAUCUGCUCUUAGAUGCCGACAUGAACAUCAAGAUUGCAGACUUUGGCUUCAGCAACGAAUUCACGUUUGGCAACAAGCUUGACACGUUCUGCGGGAGCCCCCCGUACGCCGCGCCCGAAUUGUUCCAGGGCAAGAAGUACGACGGGCCCGAGGUGGAUGUCUGGAGCCUUGGGGUUAUCCUCUACACACUGGUCAGCGGCUCCCUGCCCUUCGAUGGGCAGAACCUCAAGCAAAUCAUGAAAGACCGCUGGAUGAAUGUGGGUCACGAGGACGAUGAAUUGAAGCCUUACGUGGAACCUCUGCCAGACUACAAGGACCCACGGCGGACAGAGCUCAUGAUCUCUAUGGGGUACACCAAGGAAGAAAUCCAAGAGUCCUUAGUCAGCCAGAAGUAUAACGAAGUGAUGGCAACGUAUCUGCUGCUAGGUUACAAAAACUCAGAGCUUGACAACGACAGCAGCACCCUCAAACCUCGCCCCCAGCCUGAGCUCGCCAACAGCACGGUCCCCUCCCCUUCGCACAAGGUACAGCGCAGCGUCUCCGCCAACCCCAAGCAGCGCCGCUUAAGUGACCAGGUACCCAACCUCCCGACGUCCACCUCUUACUCCAAGAAAACGCAGGCUGCCAACGCUGAGAACAAGAGGCCCGAAGAGGAGAGGGAGGCCGGGCGCAGCAAGGCUGGGAGUACCGUCAAAGUGCCCGCCAGCCCCCUGCCCAGCCUGGAGAGGAAGAAAAGCACCCCCAUGCCCUCUACGAACAGCGUCCUCUCGACCAGCACAAACCGGAGCCGCAAUUCGCCCAUGCUGGACCGAGCCAGCUUGGGCCAGAACUCGAUACAGAACGGCAAAGAUAGCCUAACCACUCCGGGCUCCAGGGCCUCUACCGCCUCCGCUUCCGCCGCCGUGAGCUCUGCGCGCCCGCGACAGCACCAGAAAUCCAUGUCCGCCUCGGUGCACCCCUCCAAGCCCACGCUGCCCCCCACCGACAAUCACUGCGAGGCCCAGCGACCUAGCACGGCCCCCCAGCGGGCUCCCGUGGCCUCCCCUUCCGCCCACAACAUCAGCAGUGCCCUCCCCGAGCGCACCAACUUCCCGCGGGGCAUCCAGAGCCGCAGCACUUUCCACGCUGGGCAGCUCCGGCCGGUCCGGGACCAACAGAACCUCUCCUACGGCCUGACGCCCGCCUCGCCUUCGGGCAACAGCCAAGGGCGGAGAGGGGCGUCGGGCAGCCUCUUCAGCAAGUUCACCUCCAAGUUCGUACGCAGGCUCGAAUCACAGUCUCUGCAGGCGGUGCCAAGAGUCCAAUCGCGUCCUGACGAAGCCCAGAAGGGGGUCCCUCGGCAGGCCAACCAACCCAAGAACCUGCAUGAGCCCGAAAGCAAAGACCGCGUGGAGACCCUCAGGCCUCACAUGAUGGGUAGUGGCGGUGGCGGCGAGAAAGACCGGGACGAGAACCGGGACGCCAAGCCGCGAUCGCUGCGUUUCACCUGGAGCAUGAAGACCACCAGCUCCAUGGAGCCCAACGAGAUGAUGAAAGAGAUCCGGAAGGUGCUGGACGCGAACAGUUGCCAGUGCGAGUUGCAGGAGAAAUACAUGCUCCUGUGCAUGCACGGGGCGCCCGGCCACGAAGCCUUCGUGCAGUGGGAGAUGGAAGUUUGCAAACUGCCCCGCCUCUCGCUCAACGGAGUCCGCUUCAAGCGGAUAUCGGGCACUUCCAUGGCCUUCAAGAACAUUGCCUCCAAAAUCGCCAACGAACUCAAGCUUUAACGGGCCACCCUCACGGGAGAAAAAGGGGCGCGGGAGGGGGGGAGGAGGCGCCUGGCCUGCACACGCGACGGAGGGGGAGGUGGGGGCGUCAGGAGGAAGAGAGCCGCAACUUCACUUUUGAGAGGGGCCCCGGGUGCCGGGCCAUGCAGGCAAAGGAUGGGCGGGUAGGGCAAAAUAGGGGGGGAAGGUGGAGGGGGGUAUCCCCCCCCACGCCUCUCCCUCUCCCCACGCCUCCCCUCCCACUGAUGGAUCUCCAUGGAGACAGGGUGCGUGGGAUUGUGGUUGGCAAGCCACCUAGCUGGUCUCCGUGGCAACAGGAACGGGAGGGUACCAAGGGCUGUCUGUCGGAUGAGGAAGCAUCCCUUUUGGUCUCCGUGGCGACCGUGGUACUUUUUCUUCCUCCUCUUUUUUUUUUCCUUCUCCCCCUCCCUCUCUUUUUCCCCCCUUUCCUUCUACAUGAGACAGGGUUUUGCCAUGUUACCAAACUGCAACAGAAAAAGCAGGGACUCUCUUCCCCUCCCCCUCGGGAACAGGGGGAGUCCUUUCCCCCGUCCCCCCUGCCCCCCCCUAGACUCCAGAUUCGAAAUCCGGGUCAGCCGAGGAGGUGGCAGCAGCUGUGGCAGCAGGCAGUUGGGAUGCGGUGGGGGGGAAGCAGCCACUGGGACCCCUUGCCUGGGGAAACGGGAUCUCGUUCUUUUUGGCCAACGAUGGAAGCCAAGUGCCUCCUUGCUUCCGAGGUGUGUGUCUCCUCCCCCACCCCUUGCUUGGUCCCUGCAGACGGCACCUCUCCCCCAAACACACACACACCCCGCAGACAGACACCCCCCCCUCACAAUCCCUCCCGAGGUUCUUCUUUUUUUUUUUUUUGCUCUUCCUUGCUAAUUGGGGGAGCCGCCGGUGGGGGUUGAGCGGAAGGGAGGGUCGGGGGAAGGACGGCCGCCGAGAUGGCACAGCCACCUGAUCCAUCACUCCUUUGUCCCCCCUCCCCAUGUCCCCUCCCCUUUAUGCAGGCAUGGCGGUAGAGGGCCACUCUCUGGGCUGGUCAGCGCCCUGUUUACACACACAACGUCCAACGGGACCAUCCCUCGGUCCAGUGGAGUCCAGUUUCCUGUCUUGAAUGCUGCAUUCUUGGGGGCGGGGGGGGUGGUGUUAGCCUUCUUUUUCCCUUUCCUGGCACGUCUUUCUGUUGUCCCCCCAAACACGGCGGGAGGUCGCAUCGUCUCCACUUUGGAUGUUCAGGAUGGGUUGGGUCCAAGAACUUUUGGGCCUGCUGUUGUUUUAGCCCCGGUCACAGGUACGCUGCCCCCCCACCCACCCCCUGGCUUUCUGGAGAGCUUG